AUGGCCGACGUCAAGCCCAUCAACUUCACCGAGCAUGUCCAGCUCACAGCGCUGGGCAUCCAGCCCCAGAGCAUCUCGUUCCAGACGUUGACCCUCGAGUCUGACCACUUCAUCUGCGUCCGCGAGAAUGUCAAUGACACCAACCAGGUCGUCAUCGUCGACCUGGCGGACGCCAACAACGUGAUGCGCAGGCCGAUCACUGCCGACUCCGCGAUCAUGCACCCCAAGGAGAAGAUCAUUGCGCUCAAGGCCGGCCGCCAGCUCCAGGUGUUCAACCUCGCAACCAAGACCAAGCUUGGUUCGUUCGUCAUGAACGAGGACGUGUCGUUCUGGACCUGGAUCACCGACUCGACUCUUGGCAUGGUCACGGACCAGCACGUCUACCACUGGGACGUCAUUAGCGGCCAGACGCAGCCGAAGAAGAUCUUUGACCGCCACGCUUCCCUCAACGGCAACCAGAUCAUUAACUACCGCAUGUCCACCGAUGGCCAGUGGCUCAUCCUCAUCGGCAUCUCGUCCAACCCCGCCGCCGGCCAGCCGGGCUCGAACGCGUUCAAGAUCAAGGGCUCUAUGCAGCUCUACUCGAUAGAGCGGGGCGUCUCGCAGCCGAUCGAGGGCCAUGCCGCUGCCUUCACCCAGCUCAAGCUUGACGGCGCCAGCAGCCCCAGCAAGCUCUUCUGCUUCGCUGUGCGCACGGGCACCGGUGCCAAGCUUCACAUUGUCGAGAUCGGCCACCAGGCUCCAAACCCGCCCUUCCCGAAACAGGCCGUUGACGUCUUCUUCCCUCCUGAGGCAACCAACGACUUCCCUGUCGCGAUGCAGGUCUCGGAGAAGCACGGCAUCAUCUACCUUGUCACCAAGUUUGGCUUCAUUCACCUCUAUGAGGUCGAGACUGGCCAGUGCAUCUACAUGAACCGCAUCUCGGGCGACACUAUCUUCACCACUGCGCCCUACGAGCAGAUGAACGGUAUCAUUGGUGUCAACCGCAAGGGCCAGGUCCUCAGCGUCAGCGUCGACGAGGAAACUCUCGUCCCCUACGUCCAGCGCUCGCUGAACAACCCCGAGCUGGCGAUCAAGCUCGCGACCCGCGCCGGUCUCCCCGGUGCCGACAACAUGAUCAUGGAGCAGUACCAGCGUUACCUUCAGAACGGCCAGUACGGCGACGCUGCUAAGAUUGCGGCCAACUCCCCCCGCGGCAUUCUUCGCACACCCCAGACCAUCGAGACCUUCAAGAAGCUUCCCGCGCAGGCGGGCACUCUUUCGCCCAUUCUGCAGUACUUCGGCAUCCUCCUCGAGAAGGGCGAGCUCAACAAGCAUGAGUCCCUCGAACUGGCUCGGCCCGUCAUCCAGCAGGGCAAGAAGCAGCUUCUCGAGAAGUGGCUCAAGGAGAACAAGCUCGAGUGCAGCGAGGAGCUCGGUGACAUGGUCCGCCAGGUUGACAUGCAGCUCGCACUCUCUGUCUACCUCCGCGCCAACGUCCCCAACAAGGUCGUUGCCUGCUUCGCCGAGCUUGGCCAGUUCGACAAGAUCGUCCUCUACUCGAAGAAGGUUGGCUACACUCCUGACUACGUUUCGCUGCUUCAGCACCUCGUCCGCAUCAACCCAGACAAGGCCACCGAGUUUGCAACGCAGCUCGUCAACGAUGAGGACGACUCCGAGGUCGACUUGGACCGCGUUGUCGACAUCUUCAUGGGCCAGAACAUGAUCCAGCAGGCGACGUCAUUCCUCCUGGACGCGCUCAAGGACAACAAGCCCGAGCAGGGUCCUCUGCAGACUCGUCUCCUCGAGAUGAACCUCGUCAAUGCCCCUCAGGUUGCGGACGCAAUUCUUGGCAACGAGAUGUUCACCCAUUACGACCGCCCCCGCAUCGCGAACCUUGCGGAGAAGGCUGGCCUCAUGCAGCGCGCCCUCGAGCACUACGAGGACAUCAACGACAUCAAGCGUGUCGUUGUGCACACCAACCUCUUCAAGCCUGAGUGGCUCGUCGAGUACUUCGGCCGCCUCACUGUGGAGCAGUCGUUUGAGAGCAUGCGCGAGAUGCUGAAGACCAACAUGCGCCAGAACCUUCCCAUCGUUGUCCAGAUCGCCACCAAGUACUCGGACCUCCUUGGCCCCGUCAAGCUCAUCGAGAUGUUCGAGCAGUUCAAGAGCUCCGAGGGUCUCUACUACUACCUCGGCUCAAUCGUCAACCUGUCCGAAGACCCCGAGGUCCACUUCAAGUACAUCCAGGCCGCCACUCGCACGGGCCAGAUCCGCGAGGUCGAGCGCGUGUGCCGCGAGUCCAAUUACUACAACCCGGAGAAGGUCAAGAACUAUCUCAAGGAGGCCAAGCUCUCGGACCAGCUUCCUCUUAUCAUCGUGUGCGACCGCUUCGACUUCGUCCACGACCUCGUUCUCUACCUCUACCAGAACGGCCUCACCAACUUCAUUGAGAUCUACGUCCAGCGCGUCAACGCGGCCCGCACGCCGCAGGUCAUCGGCGGUCUCCUUGACGUCGACUGUGACGAGUCGACGAUCAAGAACCUGCUCAUGUCCGUGACCGGCGAGUUCCCCGUUGACGAGCUCGUCGAGGAGGUUGAGAAGCGAAACCGCCUUAAGCUCAUCCUCCCGUGGCUCAACCAGAAGGUCGAGCAGGGCUCGACCGACCACGCCGUCUACAACGCCGUUGCCAAGAUUGCCAUUGACUCGAACAACAACCCCGAGAAGUUCCUCCAGGAGAACAACCUCUACGACCCGGCUGUCAUCGGCAAGUACUGCGAGAAGCGCGACCCGUACCUCGCCUACAUUGCCUACGCGAAGGGCCUCUGCGACGAUGAGCUCAUCAACGUCACGAACGACAACCAGAUGUACAAGCACCAGGCCCGCUACCUCGUCAAGCGUCGUGAUGUCGACCUCUGGACUCAGGUCCUCAACCCGGAAAGCAUGCACCGCCGCGCCCUCGUCGACCAGGUCGUUUCCACCGCUAUCCCCGAGUGCACCGACCCCGAUGACGUCUCCGUUACCGUCAAGGCAUUUAUGCACAUGGAGCUCCACGGUCCUCUCCUUGAGCUCCUCGAAAAGAUCAUCCUCGAGGAGUCGCCCUUCAGCGACAACAAGUCGCUCCAGAGCCUUAUGUUCCUCACGGCCAUCCGUAACGACCGCGGCAAGGUCAUGGGGUACAUCAACAAGCUUGAGGGCUACGACGUCGAGACCAUCGCUCGCGUCGCGACCGAGUCGGGUCUCUACGAGGAGGCAUUCACGAUCUACUCGAAGCACGACAUGCACGCUGAGGCCAUGAACGUCCUCGUCGAACACAUGGUUUCGAUCGACCGUGGCUACGCAUACGCAAACAAGAUCAACGAGCCCGCUGUCUGGAGCCGCCUCGCCAAGGCUCAGCUCGACGGUCUCCGCAUCAAGGACGCGAUCGACUCGUACAUCAAGGCCGACGACCCGUCCAACUUUGAGGAGGUUAUCGAGAUCUCCAACCGUGCCGGCAAGCACGAGGACCUCAUCCGCUACCUCCAGAUGGCCCGCAAGACAGCCCGUGAGCCCAAGAUCGACACCGAGCUCGCAUACGCCUACGCCAAGACGGACCGUCUCCACGACAUGGAGGAGUUCCUGUCGAUGACGAACGUGGCGGACGUCCUCCAAGUCGGUGAGAAGUGCUUCGAUGAUGGUCUCUACCAGGCGUCCAAGCUCCUUUUCUCGUCCAUCUCCAACUGGGCUCGCCUUGCCACCACCCUCAUCUACCUCGGCGAGAACCAGCCUGCCGUCGACGCCGCUCGCAAGGCCGGCAACACGCAAGUGUGGAAGCAGGUCAACGCGGCGUGUGUGGACAAGAAGGAGUUCCGCCUCGCGCAGAUCUGUGGUCUCAACCUCAUCGUCCACGCCGAGGAACUCAACUCGCUCCUUGGCCUCUACCAGCGCAAUGGCUACUUUGACGAGGCGAUUUCCCUCAUGGAGGCUGGUCUUGGUCUCGAGCGUGCGCACAUGGGCAUGUUCACUGAGCUCGCGGUCCUGUACGCCAAGUACCGCCCUGAGAAGCUCAUGGAGCACCUCAAACUCUUCUGGCAGCGCCUCAACAUCCCCAAGGUCAUCCGCGCGACCGAGCAGGCCGCGCUGUGGCCGGAGCUUGUCUACCUCUACAUUGUCUACGACGAGCCAGACAAUGCUGCUCUCGCGAUGAUGGAGCGUCUGGGCGAGUGGGACCACGACCAGUUCAAGAAGGUCGUGGUCAAGGUCGCCAACAUGGAGAUUGCGUACAAGGCCGUGUCGUUCUACCUUGCCCGACAGCCCAUGCUCCUCCCUGACCUCCUUUCCGCCAUGACUGCUCGUCUCGACCACGCCCGCGUGAUCAAGAUUCUGCAGAACGAGGACAACCUGCCGCUUGCCAAGCAGUACCUCAUCGCGACGCAGAAGCUCAACCUCGCCGUCGUCAACGAGGCGUACAACGACUUGCUGAUCGAGGAGGAGGACCACGUCACUCUGAGAAGCUCGCUGCAGGAGUACGACCAGUACGACGCCCUCAAGCUUGCUAAGCGGUUGGAGAAGCAUGAGCUGCUCGAGUUCAGGCGUAUUGCUGCGUUGAUCUUCCGCCAGACCUCGAAGUGGGAGGAGUCGCUGUCCAUCUCUAAGGCGGACCGCUUGUGGCGGGACGCCCUCGAGACGGCUGCGGCGAGCAAGGAACCGGCGGUCGUUGAGGAGCUCUGCGCGUACUUUAUCGGCAUCGGCAACAAGGACGCGUUCGCUGCCGCGACCUACGUUUGUUAUGAGUUCGUUCGGCCCGACUUUGUCGAGGAGAUGACCUGGAGGUAUGGUCUUGGCGACUACACGCGCCCAUACGCGCUCCAGCAGUCCCGAGACAGCUCGAACAGGAUCGCCAGCCUCGAGAAGGAGCUCAAGGAGCUCAAGGCAAAGGCGAAGAAGGACGAGCCGGCAGAGGAGGAGUCUUCUAACAUCAUGGGCGGCCUCGGUGGCCGUCUGUUGAUUGGGGGCCCAGGGCCCCAGGGCGGUGGCGGCUUUGGGGGAAUGAACGGUGGCAUGAUGGGGCAGCCAACGGGGAUGGGCAUGAUGCCCAACCCGACUGGCUUUUACUAG